GCAAGGCGUUGGUGCGAGGAGGCGCCACCAUCUUUGAGCAGCUGGGACUCCUGCGUUGGUCAGCGACCGCUGGUUGUAGGUAGGUCGGUGGGCCAGGCCGCGCCGCCUCCGGUCCCUCAGGCUUGUCUCUCUUUCCCAUCCAUCCCGGGCCACGAUGCCGCAGUACCAGACCUGGGAGGAGUUCAGCCGCGCGGCGGAGAAACUCUACCUCGCUGACCCUAUGAAGGCACGUGUUGUUCUCAAAUAUAGGCAUUCUGAUGGGAGUUUGUGUAUUAAAGUAACAGAUGAUUUAGUUUGUUUGGUGUAUAGAACAGACCAAGCUCAAGAUGUAAAGAAGAUUGAGAAAUUCCACAGUCAACUAAUGCGACUUAUGGUAGCCAAGGAAUCCCGCAGUGUUGCCAUGGAAACGGACUGACUGGUUUGAAAUGAAGACUCUUUUUGUCAUGUUCCUAGGAAGUAAAUAGCUUUCGAAUUUGAGAAAGUUGACAAAAAAUACUUUAUGUAACUAAGUGAACUAUUCAAAAGCUGAGAGAUCAUUUUUUGUAUUUUAUUUUUAAUGCUUACUUUAGAGAGUUAGGAAUGUAAAUGCUUUCAGUUAGAAAUCCAUUAUUUAUCUUUGAAAAUUAAAUACGAAAUGCAUCUGUCUUAGAAAGUUUUUGCAGGUUAUUUGAUGUUGGCCAAAAUAUAUAAUUAUUUCUCUGGUAAGUUUAUAUUAGUAAUUUAAAAUGAAAUACCAAGAAAAGUCAGUUCUUCCUUAAAGUUAGUUUGUCUGUCUUUAAGAAAAAAUUAAACGUAAACAUUGUGCUGGAUCAUUAUAUUUCUUUUGGAACAUAAAAUUUGUGCUGUUAAUAACCAAUAAAUAUAUAGUAACUGGAAUUAACUCUACAUAAUAGUAUGGCUGAUUAUGUACAGUAAUAUAGUCUCAGUUAUAUCUAAAAGUAGCUAAGAAUAACGUGUAUUCUUUACCUUAAGC